AUGUCUAAAUUUGGAAAGAAGGGGUCCUGUAAAGCUACCAGUUGGAAGAGGAGAGCACGUGCAUGUAGAGAUACUUUUAGCAAUCAGGUGCAUGAGAUAGACAAGGAUCUGGAAAUGUAUGAUCAAUCUGUUAAGAGGAAGGCUCUGGUUAUUCAGGAGGGAGGUGGAGAAAAACGAGCUAAGUUGAGUCUAAGAGAUGAGGAGAGUGGCAUUACUCCAAUGAAAAGUGACAUUAUUCUACUUAGUUGGAACUGCCGAGGGCUUGGGAACGCUCGGACAGUUUGUGAGCUUCACCUUUUGGUAAAGAAAAAAGGCCCAAAGAUCAUUUUUCUCUUAGAAACGAAGUGCAUGAGAGAAAAGGUGGAGGGUAUUAGAAACAAGUUGGGUUUUGAAUGUAGUUUUGUGGUGGAUAGCAUAAGGAAAAGUGGUGGAUUGGCCAUGUUAUGGAAAGUUGAGUUACAAGCUGAAUUAUUCUAUUAUUCCCAGAACCAUAUUUCUUUGUCAAUUAGCUUGGAUGAUGGUGAUCAAAAGUAUGGUGCAGCAAAUAGACCUUUCUCUCAAAUGGAAAAAUUUAGAGAGGCACUUGAUGCUUGUGAGUUGUGUGAUUUAGGGUAUGAUGGGUCUCAAUUUACUUGGAGCAACAAAAGGGAAGAUGCUGCUUUUAUCAAAGAGAGGUUGGAUCGUGCAUUUGGUAAUUAUCCUUGGCAUCUGUUAUUUAGUCACACAAGGGUGAGAGUACUUCCAGUUUUACAGUAUGACCAUUCUCCUCUUCUCAUUUCCUGUGAGAUUGAUGAUGGUAUUAAUAGAAGACCAACUAAAGUAUUUCGUUAUGAGGCAAGCUGGUCAAACCUACAGGAAUGCAAGGAUAUUAUUCAGAAGACUUGGAGGGUUAGUAUGAGAAGGGAUAACUCUUUACUCAGUUUAAAGGAAGUUCUAUCAAGGUGUAGGUCCAAGCUAACUGUCUGGUCUAAAAUAAAGGGAGGGGAGAAGAAGAGAAUCCUCAAUGCUAAGAGAGGUAUGUUACAAGAGUUCCAAAGGAUUAACAAGGGUGAUUUUAAUGAUGCUAUUAAUCACCUGCAGGAAGAAGUGGAUACUUUAAUGGAGGAAGAGGAAACUAAAUGGAGACAAAGAUCUAAGCAGUUAUGGUUAAAAGAAGGGGACAAAAAUUCUAAUUUUUUUCAUAGAUGUGCCACACAAAGGAGACAAUCGAAUGAGAUAAAGGAAAUUGAGAAUGAAAGAGGUGAGAAAGCUAGAAAUCAGAUGGAAAUUAGCCAACUGUUCCAAGAAUAUUACCAGUUUUUAUUUAAGACAUCCAAUCCUCGAGACAUUGAUGCAGCUUUGUGUGACAUUGAAUCAUUAGUUACACCUGAGAUGAAUAGGCAGCUUGAGAAGGAGUGUAGCUUUGAUGAAGUGAAGAAGGUUGUUUUUGAGAUGGACUCUUUGAGUUCACAAGGCCCUGAUGGUUUCUCAGCAGGGUUCUAUCAAGACAAUUGGGCUGUUGUGGGGUCUGAGGUUUUCCUGGCAGUUAAAGAUUUCUUAUCUUCUAGGAGAGGAUUGAGUGGAAUUAAUGAGACUUUCAUAGCACUGAUUCCAAAGAAGAAUAAACCAAGAAUGGUCACUGAGUUCAGACCUAUAAGCUUAUGUAAUGUUCUCUAUAAAAUUGUUUCCAAAGUCUUGGCUAAUAGGCUAAAACAGUUUCUUCCUUCUCUGAUUUCACAUUCACAGAGUGUUUUUGUCUCAGGCCGUUUAAUCUCAGCUAAUAUCAUUGUUGCCUAUGAAGCCAUGCAUUCUAUGCAACAUAGGAUGAGGGGUAAAAAGGAAGGGUAUAUGGCCCUCAAAUUGGAUAUGAGCAAGGCUUACGAUAGAAUUGAAUGGAAUUUUUUGGCUGCUGUUUUAAAGAAAAUGGGUUUUGGUGAGGAAUGGUCUGAGGUGCUUGGCAAGUUGCUGGAUAAAGCUAAGGAGAAGGGAUUCAUUUAUGGGUUUCCUUUUGCUCGAGGUCAGAGGUUGAAUCUGGAGAAAACAACUAUUUACUUUAGUAAGAACACAUCUCAAGCUGCUAAAGAUGCUAUUCUUUCAGGAGUAAGGCUGAUGGAGGCAAGAUCUUUUGAGAAAUAUCUAGGACUCCCUUCAUAUGUGGGUAGACACAAAGUGGCAGCUUUCAGACCCAUAUUGGAGUCUAUUAGAAAUAGAAUGAAUAAUUGGAAGGUCAACUUUCUUUCAAAGGCUGGCAAGGAGGUGAUGUUGAAGUCCAUAGUACAGGCAAUUCCAACCUACUGCAUGAGUAUUUUUAAACUUCCUAAGGCAGUUUUAACUGCUAUCAAUAAGCUCAUGAAAAAGUUUUGGUGGGGGAGUAAAGAUGAAAGGACUAAAACUCAAUGGAUUUCAUGGAAGCAAAUGGGAAGACCAAAAGGGGAAGAAGGGUUAGGGUAUCGAGACUUUGAGGAGUUUAAUCUGGCCCUUAUUGCAAAACAAGGGUGGAGAGUCAUUCAACAGCCAUCAUCAUUAGCUGCUCGAGUCCUUAAAGCCAAAUAUUUUCAUAGAUCUAAUUUUUUACAUGCUAAGGUUGGAAUGAACAUAUGGUCAAACAAGUGGCUCCCUCGUCCAUCUACUUACAAGGUUCAAUCACCUCAUAUUGAGUCUGAUGAUGGAAGAAGAGUUUCUGAUCUCAUUGACAAGCAAGCAGGAGUAUGGGACAUGAAUAUUUUGAGAGAGUUGUUUGUAGAAGAGGAAGUGAACCUGAUAUGUAGAUCAGUAUUCACAGUUCGAAGUGCAUAUCAUUUAGCAGGGAAUAUGGCAGCAGAUCAAAAGGGGCAAUCAUCUUAUAGUGUGAAGAAAGAAACCAGUCAUCAGAUAUGGAAAAGAAGGAACAAUUUUGUGUUUAAAGGCAAAUUUACAGAUCCAAACUUCAUUGUUCAAACUGCUAUGCAAAAAGUAAGUGAUUUCCAGGUUGCCAACCAGAAGCAAGUAGCAGAAGGGGUGACAGCAUACCGAGUCUCUCAGUGGACUGCUCCUCCUUCACAGGUGUUUAAGGCCAACUAG